GAAGGAAGGGGCGGGACAAGAAAAAAGGCGUUAAAAAUCACCACCUCCCAGCCUCCCAGCCUCCCAGCAGGAGUGAAGUGGUUCUUCAGCAUCAGGAUCCAGGUGUCAUCUUAUGUCUUUGUGUUAUCAAGAUGUCUCUUUCUAAGAAGUUGACUUUGGACAAAGUAGAUGUUAAAGGAAAGCGAGUCAUCAUGAGAGUAGACUACAACGUUCCCAUGAAGAAGAACCAGAUUACAAACAAUCAGAGAAUCAAGGCUUCCAUCCCAAGCAUCAAGUACUGCCUGGAUAACGGAGCCAAGGCGGUGAUUCUGAUGAGUCAUCUCGGCCGGCCUGACGGUAUUCCAAUGCCUGACAAAUACUCUUUAGAGCCGGUUGCAAGUGAGCUCAAAUCCUUGCUGGGCAAAGACGUUCUGUUCUUGAAGGACUGUGUAGGUUCCGAAGUGGAGAAAGCCUGUGCCAACCCAGCUCCUGGUUCAGUCAUCUUGCUGGAGAAUCUGCGCUUUCAUGUGGAGGAAGAAGGGAAAGGCCAGGAUGCUUCUGGGAAGAAGCUGAAAGCUGAACCACAUGAAAUCGAAGCUUUCCGAGCAUCACUCUCCAAACUAGGUGAUGUCUACGUCAAUGAUGCUUUUGGCACUGCGCACCGGGCGCACAGUUCCAUGGUGGGAGUAAAUCUGCCUCAGAAGGCAUCUGGAUUCCUGAUGAAAAAGGAGCUGGAGUACUUUGCCAAAGCCUUGGAGAACCCAGAGAGACCUUUUCUGGCGAUACUUGGUGGAGCCAAAGUGGCAGACAAGAUACAACUCAUCAAAAAUAUGCUGGACAAGGUUAAUGAGAUGAUUAUUGGUGGUGGAAUGGCUUUCACCUUCCUGAAGGUACUCAACAACAUGGAGAUUGGUGCUUCCCUGUUUGAUGAAGAAGGAGCCAAGAUUGUCAAAGAUAUCAUGGCCAAAGCAGAUAAAAACGGUGUAAAGAUUACCUUUCCGGUUGACUUUGUCACUGCUGACAAGUUUGAUGAAAAUGCCAAUGUUGGGCAAGCCACUGUGGAAUCUGGCAUACCUUCUGGUUGGAUGGCUUUGGACUGUGGUCCUGAGAGCAGUAAGAAGUUUGCUCAAGUGGUGGCCCAAGCAAAGUUAAUCGUUUGGAAUGGACCAGUAGGAGUAUUUGAAUGGGACUCCUUUGCUUCUGGAACCAAAGCCCUCAUGGAUGAAAUUGUAAAAGCCACGUCCAAGGGCUGCAUCACUGUUAUAGGGGGUGGAGACACUGCUACUUGUUGUGCCAAAUGGAACACUGAAGGUAAAGUCAGCCAUGUGAGCACUGGAGGGGGUGCCAGUCUAGAGCUUCUGGAAGGUAAAAUCCUUCCUGGAGUAGAGGCCCUCAGCAACUUAUAAUUGACACAGUAUUCCUACCUCCUGUUUCUUGUCUGCAGUCUUUAAGUUAACUUACUGCUUUUACAUCUCAGCUUUCAUUAAAAGCUACCCACAUAUUAAGACCCAGGUAAUGAUCAAGUCGUGGGCCAUCAGGAACUCUACAUCAACCAACAAUGCAUUUUACUUCUGUUAUGCACUUGCCUACUUUCUUCAAGAUCUCAUUGGAAUUUCACCAUUGUGCUGCAUAGGGAGGAUAUAUUCUUAAGUUGCCUAUUAAAGAAAGUGAAUUGAGUGAA